GCGAGUUGUCAUUGUUGAGGCCGUUAGAUUUUUCUGAGGAGGGUCCUCCGGGAUUUGGGCCCGGCCACUGCCUUGUCGGCCAUCACCGCCGCCAUGGCGCUGCUCCGGGGAGUGUGGGGCGUGCUGAGGGACCUGGGAAAGUCUGGAAUGGAGUUGUGCUCCGGCUGUGGAAAUCGUCUGCGCUCACCCUUCAGUUUCGUGUAUUUUCCGAAGUGGUUUUCAUCCACCUUGGGUAGUUAUCCUAAGAAACCUAUGAGUUCAUACCUUCGAUUUUCUAAAGAACAGCUACCCAUAUUUAAAGCUCAGAACCCAGAUAUGAAAAUAUCAGAACUAAUUAGAAGAAUUGCUGAGCUUUGGAGGGAACUUCCUGAAUCACAGAAAAAAAUGUAUGAAGAUGCUUAUAAGGCAGACUGGCAAGCAUACAAAGAAGAGAUAAACAGAAUUCAGGAACAGCUAACUCCAAGUCAAAUGAUAUCAUUUUUAAUUUUUAUAAGCUGUUUAAAGGGGUCUUUUCCUUAUAGCUUUUAA